AUGGAUUCAAUAAAAAAUCAAAAAAGUAAACAAUUUAACAAAAUGUCAGGUUGGGAUCAAGGUAAUGUUUAUGUUAGUGGUGGAGGUGGUAUCAGUGGUAGUAGAGCAUUGAAUGAUCAAUCAACCAAUAGCUCUGUAGAUAUCCAAACAAAGUUCUUACAGUUCAUUAGAGAAUGGAAGAAUCAAGACAACUCUUUUAUUUAUAGAGACCAGCUAUCACAGAGAUACAAUCUUGAGCAAUACUAUUUAGAGGUUAAUCUCGAUCAUCUCGAUCAAUUCGAUUCAAAUCUAUCGUAUCAAGUUUUAAAUAAACCGAAUGAAGUUAUACCAUUAUUUGAGAAUGCAGCAAAGUUAGCAGUUAAACAGAUGAAAUUUAAAAUAGAACUAAAAGAUAUAAAUGAUAUUCAAGUUGUGUUUGUCAAUUCACAGGAUUCAACAUCUAUUAGAUCAUUGAAAUCCAAUCACAUUGCAAAGUUGAUAAAGAUAUCUGGGAUUGUAGUUUCUGCAUCACGUACACAACCACGUCCAGUCCUAUUGGUUGCCAAAUGUCGUGUAUGUGGACAUCAAUUAAAUAUUAAUGUAUCACCUGGCAUAACAUUAAAUCCAUUACCUGCUAUUUGUGAUGAAGGUCAAAAUAAAGGUUUACAAUGUGGAAAUAGCCCUUAUCAUAUUCUAAGUGAUAGAUCUAAAUUUGUAAAUCAACAAUUAUUAAAGUUACAAGAGAGUCCUGAUACAAUUCCAACUGGUGAGAUGCCAAGACAUAUCCAAUUAUCAUUGGAUCGAUAUUUGGUGGAGAAAGUCACACCAGGUACAAGAAUAUCAGUGUUGGGUGUGUUUGGUAUCUAUACUGGUGCCAAUGUUGGAAAGAAGAGAGAGGUUGCUGGUUCAGCCACCAUCAGAACAGCAUAUAUUAGAGCACUCGGCAUUACAUCCGAUACAGAUAAGGGUGGUAGAUAUACUGUAUUCUUUACACCCAAAGAAGAAGAUCAAUUUAGAAAGUUUUCAAAACGUCCAGAUCUCUAUCAAAUUAUGGCUGAUAGUAUUGCACCAUCUAUUUAUGGUCAUAAAGAUAUUAAAAAAGCAAUUACAUGUCAAUUAUUUGGUGGAUCAUCAAAGAAAUUACCAGAUAGAAUGAAAUUGAGAGGUGAUAUCAAUUUAUUGUUACUUGGUGAUCCAGGUACAGCGAAGUCACAGUUACUCAAGUUUGUUGAAAAAGUGGCACCAAUCUCUGUUUAUACUUCUGGUAAGGGUAGUAGUGCAGCUGGUCUUACUGCCUCUGUCAUUAGAGAGCCAUCAACAGGUGAAUUCUAUUUGGAAGGUGGUGCAAUGGUUGUAGCUGAUGGUGGUGUAGUAUGUAUAGAUGAAUUUGAUAAAAUGGAUGUAAACGAUCGUGUAGCAAUUCAUGAAGCAAUGGAACAACAAACCAUCUCCAUUGCAAAAGCUGGUAUCACCACCAUUUUAAAUUCACGUACAUCUGUAUUGGCCGCUGCAAAUCCUGUAUAUGGUAGAUAUGAUGAUAUGAAAUCUGCUGGUGAUAAUAUAGAUUUUCAAGCAACCAUUUUAUCACGUUUUGAUUUAAUUUUUGUUGUUAGAGAUCCAAGAAUUAAAGAAAGAGAUCAAUCGAUUGCAAAUCAUGUUAUUGGUAUUCAUAUGAGUGGAACAUCUGGUAAUUCAAGUAAUGAAUUGGAUAUAAACUUUUUAAAGAAAUAUAUUUCUUUUUGUAGAAGUCGAUGUAGUCCAAGAUUAUCAGAUGAUGCUAUUGAAGCAUUAAAAAAUCAUUAUGUAUCUAUAAGAGCAACAGUUAGACAAAAACAAGAUGAGGAUGGUCAAGUUUCUGCCAUUCCAAUUACUAUUAGACAGUUGGAAGCUAUUGUUAGAAUUUCAGAAUCACUUGCCAAGAUGAGUCUUUCAACUACAGCGACCAAUCAACAUGUAAUGGAGGCUAUUAGAUUAUUUACCAUUUCUACCUACGAUGCAAUCACCACAAACAAUGCAGUUGGAGAACAAAUUACACCACAACUUUUACAAGAGGUUGUCAAUGCAGAGAAUAUUCUUAAAAAGAGAAUUCCAAUUGGAUCUAAAGUUGGUAUUAGAAAUUUAACCUCUCAAUUGAAUGGUCAAUUAUCACCAUUUGCAAUUAGAAAAGCAUUAGAUAUUCUUGUAAAAAGAGAAGAAUUUGAUUAUGUGUUACAAGGUAAAGCAGUAAUACGUAAAAAUUAA